UCUCUCUCUCUCUCUCUCUUCGUCACUCUCUCUCUCCUCAUAUAAAUAAUGAGAUAUUUUGGAGGAAUGGAGGAGAAGAAUCGACGAAUAGAUACUCCGUUCAGGUAGAAUUGGGUCAACUGAUCCGCCAUUGUUUUUUCCUGAGGAAGCAAUCCCUAAAUUGAAGCGUCGUCUCUUUCAGAGUUGGUAAAUUUGAAUUUGUAUGGGAAGGAAACAGCAUCUGGAUUGGACUUCGAAAUCGAUUAUGUCUACUGGGAGUGAAAGGGUGCCUCUUUUGAAUAAGGAGGCUCAACGAAAGGCGAAUGAUAAUACAACACCUGACAGCCCAGAAACAGGAACAGACCUUGAGCAAGGAGGGACGGUAGAGGUAACAUAUCAAUGUCUCGACGAAAUCCAUUUUUAUGCAACCUGUACGAAGGAUGCUUACCGUCAUUUUAUUAACUUUGUGGUGAAUUAGGCUGCCAAUGUUGGAUUUUCAAGGGUAUUCCUUCUGGCAAAACCAGAUGCUGGAAAGCUAGUUAUUGGUACGAUUGCUUUGUUGGUAGCAUCCACCUCUAGCCUUCUCAUACCAAAAUUUGGUGGUAUGAUAAUUGACAUUGUAUCAAGAAAUAUAACGACCGCAGACGAGCAAACUCAGGCAUUGACUGACAUCAAGAACACAAUACUAGCUAUCUUGACGAUUGUUGUGAUUGGUUCUAUGUCCACAGCACUACGUACAUGGUUAUUUUCUUCAGCUAGUGAAAGGGUCGUCGCUCGUUUAAGGAAGAAUUUGUUUAGUCAUCUGAUACAACAAGAAAUAGCAUUCUUUGAUGUUACUCGGACGGGUGAACUCCUUAGCAGGCUAUCCGAAGACACCCAAAUCAUCAAAAGUGCUGCAACAACAAAUCUGUCAGAAGCACUACGCAAUGUAACAACUUCCCUAAUCGGCAUUGGCUUCAUGUUUUCAUCGUCGUGGAAAUUAACAUUGCUGGCUUUGGCUGUGGUUCCGAUUAUCUCAGUCGGUGUACGUAGAUUUGGGCGCUACUUAAGAGAUCUGUCGCAUGCAACACAAGCUGCUGCUGCUGUAGCUGCAUCAAUUGCAGAGGAAUCCUUUGGGGCUAUUCGGACCGUAAGAUCUUUUGCUAGGGAGCAGUAUGCAAUUUCAGGUUAUUCAGAGAAAGUCAACGAGACAUUGAAGCUUGGACUCCAACAAGCAAGAAUGACUGGUUUAUUCUUUGGAGGAUUAAAUGCGACAUCAACUUUAUCUGUCAUUAUAGUGGUGAUAUACGGAGCUUACUUGACAAUAAUGGGCCACUUGACUGCAGGAUCUCUAACUUCCUUCAUUUUAUAUAGCCUCACAGUUGGAUCCUCAGUAUCCUCGUUAUCGGGAUUAUACACUACGACGAUGAAAGCUGCAGGAGCAAGUAGAAGAGUUUUUCAGAUUCUGGAUCGUGUCUCGGCCUUGCCAGAAUCCGGUGACAAAUGCCCUGUGGGUAAUCCAGAUGGAGAUGUGGAAAUCAAUGAUGUAUGGUUCGCUUAUCCCUCUCGCCCGAGUCAUAUGGUACUCAAGGGAAUAACAUUGAAACUCAGCCCCGGAUCAAAAGUCGCUCUUGUGGGUCCAAGUGGUGGAGGAAAAACAACAAUAGCUAACUUAAUCCAAAGAUUCUAUGAUCCGAUUAAAGGAAACAUUUUGUUGAAUGGGGUGCCCUUGGUCGAAGUAUCUCAUGAAUAUCUACACACAAAGAUCAGUAUAGUGAGCCAAGAGCCUGUUCUUUUCAACUGUUCAAUAGCAGAAAACAUUGCGUAUGGCUUUGAUGGCAAAGCAAGCGAAUCCGACAUUGAAAGCGUAGCUAAAAUGGCGAAUGCUCAUGACUUCAUAAUAUCGUUUCCAGAGAAAUACAAAACUAUUGUGGGUGAGCGUGGGUUGAGAUUAUCGGGUGGUCAGAAGCAAAGAAUAGCAAUUGCAAGAGCACUCUUGAUGAACCCUAAAGUUCUUUUACUAGACGAAGCCACCAGUGCUCUCGAUGCAGAGAGUGAAUAUUUAGUGCAAGAUGCAAUGGACUCUUUAAUGAAGGGCAGGACUGUGCUUGUGAUAGCCCAUCGGCUUUCGACAGUAAAAACUGCAGACACGGUUGCAGUGAUAGCUGAAGGCAAAAUAGCUGAAAGUGGAAGCCACGACGAGCUUUUGAGCAGAGAUGGAAUCUACACUGCACUUGUCAAGAGGCAAUUACAAGCACCUAGAGAUGAUGAAUUUUAAGACCCCCUUGUCUAACAUUCACCAAAAAAAUAAUUUUAGCCUCGAAGAGUGCUAUUCAAGGUGCUGUAAUUCCUUUUAGAUUCACAAUACUACUUAUUUGGGAUAAUCCCAAGUAGUUAUUCAACCAUUUUGCUCAUUCUUUGAGCCAAACAGUAGGCUCUUACGUAAAAUACGCACGUAAAAUUUAGAGGUAAAUGAAAUGAAUCGGCUUAUGAGUUUUAUAA